CCGUCGACUUGACGCAGGUUUCCAAACUGGGGUCCGGGGACGCUCAGGUGGCCGUUAGGGGGGAUCCUAAGAGUCCACAGCAAAAUGGGAAACUGUUUAAAGCACCGACCUGCAUGUUGAUCCCGCACUGGCCUUUCGGGCGGGGCUUGAUGAGUCCAUAUAAGGGAGGAGAAGCGUCUCCUGUGGACCUGCUGCGACCCUCUGCUCCUCCAGUCCUGAUCUGCCGCCUUCUGCCUGGACCUCCACCCUCCUCCUCCUCCUCCUCCUCCAGCACCAUGGAUAGCUCCGGGAUGCUCCGCGGACUGCUGUUUGCCGGCCUGCUGUCCGUCAUGUGUCACGGCCAGGCGUCCCAGGAAGUCUCCGCGGAGGACUUUGGAGCGGACAAACCCGAGCCAGCCGCAGACAGAGACCUGAUGGAAGCACUGGAGGCUCUGCUGGGCAGGAUGCAUAAUCGCAUUUCCUCCACUGAGAAGAGAGGAAGCAUCCCGCUGUGUGGGAUGGGCGACCGAUGUGCCAUGAAGUUCGGGCCUCGCAUCGGGAAGCUCUGCGACUGCGGCCGAGGAGCCAACUGCAACUCCUACCUGCUCAAGUGCAUCUGAAGCAGCGAGGAUUUUCUUCUCUUCUUCACACCAGACGUUUCUGCCGGACCGAACGUCCCUUCCACCCUCAGGAGGCUGACACGAGGCCUGACAGCAGGCGUCUCUGAGGUCUUCAUUUCUGUCCGCUGCUGUGGAGAAGCAUGGAUUUUGUGACGCUGACAGUGCUGGUUAUCUGCUGUGGCAUGUAAAUGUUUCAUCUUCAAAAAGUGUUUGCUCAUUACGUAGGACAUCUUCUUCAGUGUUGCUGUGGUUUGUGUUAAAUUUCAUGGAUGACACAAUUUUGAACAAUAUACUUUGGAAUUUUGCAGCUGUGUGUUCACAUAAAUAAAAAAAAUCCACACACA